AUGGAUAAAUCAAAGAAGCCACCAACCACGGCUGGAAGUAGUGGAGCACCGGGUGGCGGAGCAGCCGGUGGAACCGGAGCUGGAGGAGGUGCGAAGAAAGGCGGCGGCGGUGGCGGUGGUAAAGGACCGCCAAAGAAGCCCAGUGAUAGUGACGCACCGGGAGCCAACGCCAAGGCGGAAGGCGAUUCCUCUGGAAAUGCCUCCAAGGAUGACGCUUCCGCUGCCAACGGUGACAAAAAGUCGGAUAAGGCUGACCCUGAGCAACCAUCGCAGCCGAAGCCUGGCAGUGCCGGCGCGACGGUCCGCGACGGUGCCCAGAAAGUUCUUACCCUGGCCAUGAAGAGCGAAUGGGCUCCCGUUGAAGCUGUGCUGAAAGGCUUGGAGAAGGCGGUAGCCACCGGUGGCGAGGAAGCGAAUUUGACUCCGCUUGCCUUAGUGAUGGAUCCGGCCACGGGAAUGACACCGCUUAUGUACGCGGUAAAGGACAACCGGACCCCAAUCAUAGAUAGGCUAAUAGAACUAGGAUCCGACGUUGGAGCUAGAAAUAACGACAAUUACAAUGUGAUACAUAUUGCUUCCAUGUACUCUAGAGAAGAUGUAGUUAAAUUACUUUUAAGUAAAAAAGGCGUCGAUCCCUAUUCAAUGGGUGGGUCACGACAACAAACGGCUGUUCAUUUGGUAGCUAGUAGACAAACCGGAACUGCAACCGCUAUUUUGAGGGCUCUUUUAACUGCGGCUGGUAAGGAUAUCCGAACAAAGACUGACGGUAAAGGAAAAAUACCACUACUGCUUGCUGUUGAGGCUGGUAACCAGUCUAUGUGCAGGGAGUUACUUUCAUCACAGACGGCGGACCAACUGAAGGCCACGACCACCAAUGGCGAUACGGCACUGCACCUGGCCGCCCGGCGGAAGGACGUCGAGAUGGCCCGGAUCCUGAUCGAUUAUGGUGCCAAUGUUGAUCUGCAAAACGGCGAUGGUCAAACCGCACUGCAUAUAGCGGCGGCCGAAGGCGACGAGGCGAUGGUCAAGUACUUCUACACCGUUCGUGCUUCCGCUUCCAUUAUUGAUAAUCAAGAUCGCACACCGAUGCAUCUCGCUGCGGAGAACGGUCAUGCGUCAAUCAUCGAAAUCCUGGCGGACAAAUUCAAGGCCAGCAUCUACGAACGAACGAAGGAUGGUAGUACGUUGAUGCACAUCGCUUCGUUGAACGGCCACGCUGAGUGCGCGACCACGCUGUUUAAGAAGGGUGUCUACCUGCACAUGCCGAACAAGGGCGGUGCCCGGAGUAUCCAUACUGCGGCCAAGUACGGUCACGUGGGCAUCAUCAGUACCCUGCUGAACAAGGGCGAGAAGGUCGACGUGCCCACCAAUGAUAACUACACUGCCCUCCACAUCGCUGUUCAGUCGGCCAAACCGGCCGUCGUCGAAACGUUGCUUGGCUUCGGUGCCGAGGUGCACGUUCGGGGUGGCAAGCAACGGGAAACCCCGCUGCACAUCGCUGCCCGCGUCCGGGACGGAGAUCGCUGCGCACUGAUGCUGCUAAAAUCCGGUGCCGGUGCUAACAAAACGACUGACGACGGCCAAACACCUGUUCAUGUAGCUGCCAAAUAUGGGAACGCGGUGACGCUCGAUCUACUGCUGGAGGACAAUGGCGAUCCGCUGAUUAAGUCUAAGGUCGGCGAAACUCCGUUACAUCUGGGUGCGCGGAACUGCCAUCCGGACAUCGUGAGGCACCUAAUCGAUUUCGUUUUAGAAAAACACGGGAAGGAGGUGCUGAAAAACUAUUUAAACUUUACUAACGAGGAUGGAGCAACGGCUUUGCACUAUGCUUGUCAAGUAACGAAGGAGGAAGUAAAAGAGGGAAACGGCGAUCGAGAGAUCGUUAAAAUGUUGCUCGAGAACGGAGCUGACGUUUCGCUAUCGACAAAGUCGACGGCGGAGACGUGCUUUCAUGUAGUCGCAGUAGCUGGUAACAACGACGUGCUGACGGAAAUGAUUACCCACGUCGCGGACACGCAAAAAGCACUGAAUCGUCAGUCAUCGGUUGGUUGGACGCCGUUGCUGAUAGCAUGCAAUCGGGGUCACAUGGACCUGGUGAACACGCUGCUGGCCAAUCAUGCGAGGGUGGAUGUGUUCGACAACGAAGGUCGAUCCGCUCUGCACUUGGCAGCCGAGCACGGCUACCUACAAGUCUGUGAUGCACUUAUUUCCAACAAGGCUUUUAUAAAUUCUAAAUCACGAGUCGGCCGAACUGCACUGCACUUGGCCGCAAUGAACGGGUAUACAGAGUUGGUGAAAUUUUUGAUACGAGAUCACAACGCGGUUGUGGAUAUUCUAACCUUAAGAAAACAGACUCCUCUGCAUUUGGCCGCAGCCAGCGGACAGAUGAACGUAUGUAAGCUACUACUAGAACUUGGUGCCAAUAUCGACGCGACAGACGACGUUGGGCAGAAGCCGAUCCACGUGGCCGCACAGAACAAUUACUCCGAAGUUGCCAAAUUAUUUCUUCAGCACCAUCCGAAUCUUGUGAUGGCGACCAGCAAAGAUGGCAAUACCUGCGCUCACAUAGCGGCCAUGCAGGGUUCCGUGAAGGUGAUCGAGCAACUGAUGAAAUUCGAUCCGGUCGGCGUGAUAACGACGAGGAAUAAGUUAACUGAUUCGACGCCACUACAGCUGGCCGCGGAAGGUGGUCACGCGGAUGUCGUAAAAGUUCUUGUCAAAGCCGGCGCAUCCUACACCGACGAAAACAAGUCAGGCUUCACUGCAGUCCAUAUGGCGGCAAAAAACGGCCACGGACAGGUGCUCGAGGUUAUGGUUAAUUCGCUAAGGGUGUCCAGUAAAAAAUUGGGUUUAACGCCGCUGCACGUAGCUGCCUACUACGGUCAGGCAGAUACGGUGAGGGAGCUGCUCAUUAAAGUACCCGCAACGGUUAAAUCUGAUUCUCCAUCUGGCACAUCAUUAGUACCUGAAUUAGGAAGUGAGUCCGGGAUGACUCCGCUGCAUCUGGCAGCAUACUCUGGCAACGAAAACGUUGUUCGGCUGUUACUCAACUCCGCUGGUGUUCAAGUCGACGCUGCGACUUCGGAAAAUGGUUACAAUCCUUUGCAUUUAGCUUGCUUCGGUGGACACGUUCCGAUAGUGGGACUACUGCUGAGCAGAUCGGCUGAACUUCUGCACAGUAUUGAUCGUCACGGUAAGACCGGUCUUCACAUAGCUGCAAUGCACGGUCACUAUCAGAUGAUGGAGGUCCUGUUGGGUCAGGGUUCGGAGAUUAAUGCGUCUGACAAAAACGGUUGGACGCCAUUGCACUGUGCCGCCAAGGCUGGGUAUUUGGACGUGGUAAAACUCUUGGUGGAGGCCGGCGGUUCGCCAAAAUCCGAGACGAACUACGGUUGUGCACCAAUUUGGUUUGCAGCGUCCGAGGGUCAUAACGAUGUACUAAAGUAUCUGAUGCACAGAGAACACGACACCUACGCACUGAUGGAGGACAAACGGUUCGUGUACAAUCUGAUGAUCGUCUCGAAAAAUCACAACAACAAGCCAAUCGAGGAGUUCGUCCUGGUGUCUCCUGCGCCCGUCGAUACCGCCGCAAAAUUGUCCAAUAUUUUUAUUAUACUCUCCACCAAGGAAAAGGAACGUGCUAAAGAUCUGAUCGCUGCUGGCAAGCAGUGCGAAACGAUGGCUACCGAGCUACUGGCGCUGGCCGCCGGAGCAGACUCGGCAGGUCGUAUUCUUACUGCCACCGAUCGACGCAACAUGGAGUUCCUCGAUGUGCUGAUCGAGAACGAGCAGAAGGAAGUCAUCGCCCACACGGUCGUGCAAAGAUAUCUGCAGGAACUGUGGCGGGGAACCCUCAACUGGACGGCGUGGCGAAUAAUGCUACUGUUCAUUGGCUUCAUCGUCUGUCCGCCGGUGUGGAUCAUCUUCACCCUUCCCUUAGGUCACAAUUUUUACAAGGUGCCCAUCAUCAAGUUCAUGUCCUAUCUGACCUCGCACAUCUACCUUAUGAUACAUCUCAUGAUCGUCGGUAUCACACCGAUUUACCCGGUGGUCAGAGCCAGUCUGCUACCCUACUGGUACGAGUGGGGUCUACUGAUAUGGCUCAGUGGUUUGCUGCUGUUCGAGCUGACAAAUCCAAGUGACAAAUCAGGUCUGGGAAGUAUCAAAGUGCUAGUACUGCUGUUUGGCAUCAUCGGCGUUGGAGUGCACGUAUCCGGAAUGCUUUACGUGCAAAAAAUGUACUGGCCAACGCUGCUGUACUGCCGGAAUCAACUGUUUGCACUGUCCUUUCUGCUGGCCUGCGUGCAGAUUCUGGACUUCCUCUCCUUCCAUCAUCUGUUCGGCCCGUGGGCCAUCAUCAUCGGUGACUUGCUCAAGGAUCUGGCGCGGUUUCUCGCCGUGCUGGCAAUCUUCGUGUUCGGCUUUUCGAUGCACAUUGUCGCGUUGAAUCAAUCCUUCAAGAAUCUCGACCCGGACGAGGUUCGGCGAUUACCGCUCGCCAACCGAAACAAGCAGGCCUUCAGUGACGUGCGCAUGAACCCGAUCACGUCCUUUGAACUGCUCUUUUUCGCUGUAUUUGGUCAAACCACCACCGAUCAAACACAAAUUGAUAAAAUGACACAGAAUACACCGCGCACGCAACCGUAUUGGACUGAGUACUUGUUUAAAAUUGUCUUUGGCAUUUACAUGUUGGUAUCAGUUGUUGUACUUAUCAAUCUGCUCAUUGCUAUGAUGUCUGAUACAUACCAGAGAAUUCAGGCACAAUCGGACAUCGAGUGGAAGUACGGUCUGUCCAAACUGAUUCGCAACAUGCACCGAACGUCAACGGCACCGUCCCCGAUGAAUCUGGUUACCACCUGGUUCGUGUGGAUCUUCGAGAAGCUGCGGGCAAAAUUAAGGAAGAAGAAGCGACCGUCGCUGGUGCAGAUGAUGAACCUCCACCGGGGCCAGCAGAGCCCUCGCUCGAAAGCCGGUGCCAAAUGGUUGUCGAAAGUGAAGAAAGGUCAGGUGGCUCCUAAAGAUUCCACCGCACUGUCCGUCAUGCAUCUGUCUCCUCUCGGUUCGCAAGUCAGUUUCAACACUGCCAAUACGAACCGAAUCGAGAACGUUGCCGACUGGGCGGAGAUCUCCAAAAAGUACCGGGAGUUGGUUGGUCUCGACUCCGACGAUGGCGCUGGCUCGAUGAAGGACUCGGAGAGCGACAACCACUCGACGGCCGGAGGCGGUGGAAACAAUCCCAACGACGGCCAACAACAGAUGGGCAACAACGUCAAUGCUAAUCAGGUCUAG